UAUAUACCUUUAGAGGCUUGUUUUCGAGACAUACGGAGUUGAGUUCUCUUAUCCUUCAAAUAUGGCGUUCAAGGUUGCUUGCUUGCUUUUGGCUUUAGCCGUUACAUGCUACGGAUAUCCGUAUGGGAGCUAUGGCGGCUCAGGCAGCAGUCACAGUGGUGAAUACAGCGGUGAACUAGACGAUAUUUCAGGCCACGGAGGCCAUGGUAGUAACAGUGGAUAUGGUAGUCAUGGAAGCCAAGGUGGAUUCGGAAGUCACGGAAGCCAGGGUGGAUUCGGAGGUCAUGGAAGCCAAGGUGGAUUCGGAAGUCACGGAAGCCAGGGUGGAUUCGGAAAUCAUGGAAGCCAAGGUGGAUUCGGAAGUCACGGAAGCCAGGGUGGAUUCGGAAGUCAUGGAAGUCAAGGUGGAUUUGGUAGCCACGGAAGCCAAGGAGGGAUUUGGAAAUCACGGAAGCCAGGGUGGAUUCGGAGGUCACGGUAGCCAGGGUGGCCAUGGAGGAUACGGCCAUGGACACUAAAGUAUCAUUACAAAUGUAAUGUGAAGUAAUAAAUUAUUUACAAACAUA